AGCCCUAGUCUUUUUCCGGUACGCAAGAUCGUUAUUUUGUCAGAAACCAUGGCCGAUGUUGAUGUCGAGGUCCCCGCCAACCCCGUCCUGAGCGGCGGCGCCAUGGACGUGAACACAGCUCUGCAAGAGGUGCUGAAGACUGCCCUCAUCCACGGCGGACUCGUCCAUGGCCUGCAUGAGGCUGCUAAGGCACUUGACAAGAGGCAAGCUGUCCUCUGCGUGCUUGCUGAGAACUGUGACGAGGCUGCGUAUAAAAAACUUGUGCAGGCUCUCUGCAAUGAACAUCAGAUCCCACUUGUGAAGGUGGACAACAACAAGAAGCUGGGUGAGUGGGCCGGUUUAUGCAAAAUCGACAAAGACGGCAAGGCGAGGAAGAUCGUCGGCUGCUCGUGCGUAGUUAUCAAGGAUUUCGGUGAGGAGACGCCAGCGUUGGACGUGCUCAAAGACUACCUCAAGUCGUCGAGCUAAUCCUUAGGUUAUGGCAUAAGUUAAUAAAAAACCAAAAAAAUUGA